CUGGUAGCUGUACAAGAGAGAAGGGUUGUGUGUGAGCUCAUGUGAGUGUAUGAACAGGGAGAUGAUAAACCCUCUGGAAAAGGACGAAUGAUUAGUAAGAAUAGCUCAAGAAUGGAACCAUGGCAAGAUGGCAAGAAGAGGACAUGAGCCAUUGCGCUCCCUGUGUUGGAUUUCAUAGAAAAACAGAGCUUGGUAGAUUUACAUGUUUUGAGGAUUGAGAGAAAUCAUUUGACUGACAUCUUUUUGUCACCAAGUUUAAUUAGAGAAGGGAACUAGAGACCAUCUGAGGAUCAGAAUUUUGCCCUUUGGAGCUCAAUUCCUCGCUGGGUUUUACCAACAGGGACAAGGGUUAAGGAAAUGUUAGACUUAGGGCAGAGGAAUGAAGGAACGAAGAUGGUGUUUCUGUUUUAUCUGAGCGGCUGAGACUCGGUCUCUCAGGUCGCGGUACCUCCGCUCUCUGCCCACUACUACAGAUCAGCAAGGUUACUUCCCGAGGGUGGCUGCGCUGACUAAACUACAGCCAUGCUGUGUGGUCUGAGGAGAGACACCAAGAACAGCAUUGAUGAAGGACCAUACUCAAAGGGGAGCAAGGAGUCCGGGGCAACUGACCAAUCACAUUCGUCCCAGAGGCGCAGCUUUUCAGCAGAGGAGUACCGAGGAGUGACCACGGUGGACCUGAUGAAAAGGGAAGGCAGCAGCCUUGGCCUCACCAUCUCCGGAGGGUCUGAUAAGGAUGGCAAGCCCAGAGUGUCAAACCUACGGCCAGGUGGGCUAGCUGCCAGGAGUGACCAGCUGAAUGUAGGAGACUACAUCAAGUCAGUGAAUGGCAUCAACCUGUCAAAGCUUCGCCAUGAUGAGAUUAUCAGCCUGCUGAAGAACAUCGGGGAGCGAGUUGUGCUGGAGGUGGAGUACGAGCUGCCUCCGUUUGUCCAGACCCCCUCAGGAGUCAUAACUAAAACCAUAGAUGUGUGCUUACACAAGGAGGGAAACAGCUUUGGGUUUGUCAUGAGAGGAGGCUUCCACGAGGACUGGCGCAGGUCUCGUCCUCUGGUGGUUACAUACGUCAGGCCUGGAGGUCCCGCUGACAGAGAGGGCACUUUGAAGGCCGGAGACCGAGUAUUGAGCAUAGACGGCAUGCCUUUAAACAGAGAGAAGCACGCCGACGCUCUGACCAUGCUGAUGCAGAGCAGCCAGGAAGCUCUGUUCCUGAUUGAGUAUGACGUCUCUGUCAUGGAGGCAGUGCAGCUAGCCUCAGGCCCUCUGCUGGUGGAGAUAGUGAAAGGUCCCUCUGCCAGCCUGGGGAUCAGCCUCACCACAACAAUAUACAGGAGUAAACAAGUUAUUAUUAUUGACAAGAUAAAGGCAGCCAGCGUGGUGGAAAGGUGUGGAGCGCUGCAUGCAGGUGACAUCCUUCUGUCUAUAGACGGGACUGGCACAGAACACUGCUCUCUGAUGGAGGCCACGCAGCUACUUGCCAGCACUUCUGAUGUUGUAAAACUGGAGAUUCUCCCAGCCAGUCAGAGCAGACUUCCUGUCAGGCCACAAGACACAGUAAAAGUGCAGAAGAGCAACCAUCAUCACUGGGACCAAAGCAGCAACUACUGCCAUCCCCCACAUGCCAGCCAGAGCAAGACAUGGAGCAGCCCAAGCCACCCACACAACCAGCAGGACCACUGCAAAUCUCUGGUGAGUGGUGGCUUCUCCCCUUCCUCCACAGCCACCUCAGGCUUCAGCAGCCAGGGUAGCAACACACUGCCCUGCCCCAUCCCUCCGAUCGCUCCCAACAGCCCCCGCAGUUUGACUGGCAAGAGGAGGAACAGGAAGAAAGACCACAAGAGCUCACUAUCUCUGGCGUCCAGUUCUGUCGGCCCAGGGGGGCAGGUUUUUCAUGUGGAAACAAGCGAGGUCAUCCUGAGGGGGGAUCCGCUCACAGGUUUUGGGAUCCAGCUGCAGGGGGGUGUCUUUGCCACAGAAACCCUGUCCGCUCCCCCAGGCAUCCGCUUUAUUGAGCCUGACAGCCCAGCUGAGAGGUGUGGGCUGCUGCAGAUUGGGGACAGGCUGUUGUCCAUUAAUGGGAUCCCGACGGAAGAUGGCACUUUGGAGGAAGCCCAUCAGCUGCUCAGAGACUCUGCUCUGGCCAAUAAGGUCACAGUGGAGAUUGAGUUCGACGUUGCAGAGUCGGUGGUUCCUAGCAGUGGCACCUUCCAUGUUAAACUACCCAAGAGGAGAGGAGUGGAGCUGGGCAUCACAAUCAGUGCAAGUAAGAAACCUGGCAAGCCCCUCAUCAUCUCUGACAUCAGAAAAGGAAGCAUAGCACACAGAACAGGCACUCUGGAGCCUGGAGACAGGCUGCUGGCCAUCGACAACGUGCGUCUAGAGAACUGCACCAUGGAGGACGCCAUGCACGUCCUGCAGCAGGCUGAGGACAUGGUCAAACUCCGAAUCCAGAAAGAUGAGGACAACAUUGAUGAGUUGGAGAUGUCAGGCUCUAUAAUCUACACAGUUGAGCUGAAGAGAUAUAACGGACCACUGGGCAUCACGAUUUCUGGCACAGAGGAGCCCUUUGACCCCAUCGUCAUUUCUGGCCUCACCAAGAAAGGCCUUGCAGAGAGAACCGGGGCCAUCCAUAUAGGGGACCGAGUCCUGGCCAUCAAUGGGGUCAGUCUGAAAGGAAAGCCACUGAGCGAGGCCAUCCAUCUUCUGCAGAUGGCCGGGGAGUCCGUCACCCUCAAGAUCAAAAAGCAAGCUGACCAGUCUGAUGGCCGGCAGCUUCCGGACAGAGAACCUGCUUUUUUAAGUGACACAGAGGAUGAACUGACAGACUCCCAGAAGACCAGUAAACACUCAGAGGUCUACUCUGCCACUGUGCCCAGUAUAGACUCUGCAAUGAGCUCCUGGGAUAGCUCCGGGUUUGACGCAGGCUAUGGUAGCCAAGGGACAUAUUUUCACAAAGCAUCUGAUAUAUUGCUCAAUCCAAAUGAGUGGCGACGUACAAAGCACAGGAGCCAAACAAGUUCGAGCUCUGCAGGCCUAGUCCACCACCCAGCGCUGUAUGAUGGGAGAUUCACUGAGGAUGAGUGGGACAAGAUACCUGGAUUCGUCAGCCCCCCUCGUUGCCAUGGCACCCUGAACCAGGAGGACAGCUUCUGGUCCCAGGCUCUGCAGGACCUCGAGACCUGCGGCCAGUCAGAGAUUCUCAGGGAGCUGGAGGCAUCCAUGACAGGAAGCGCUCUUAGUCUGUACCUUGAGGAAACCAAGAACAACGAAGACUCAAUGUUUCAGUCUGAAAUUAGUCCCAUUAAGAGGGAGGGAAUCCAUGGCGAGUCUAAGAACAAAAGCAACCUGAACAUGUCGACUGGAGCCAGAGACGUACCAUCCAGGGGCAAAGGGAACCCCUCUGAUAUUUUGUCCCCUACCACCUUGGCACUGCACAAGGUGACUAUGAGGAAGGACCUUGAGAGCCAUGACUUUGGUUUCAGUGUAUCCGACGGGCUCCUGGAGAAAGGGGUUUAUGUCAACAUGAUCCGCCCGGAUGGCCCUGCUGACCAGGCAGGGCUAAAACCUUUCGACCGAAUUCUUCAGGUGAACCGUGUCAGGACCAGGGACUUGGACUGUUGUCUAACUGUGCCCCUAAUUAUAGAGGCAGGAGACAGCCUGGACUUGGUCAUUAGCAGGAAUCCAGUGGCAGCAGCAGACACUGUGCUGCCCGACGACUGUGACGACCCCUCAAACUCACUCUUGUGCUUUCCCGAGCGCAGGACCAACAGCAUCGCCCUGUGACCACAAAGAUAGACACUAGCUUUUGAAACACUGUAGUGCUGGGACCUCUCUCACUCACACACACACACAGUCAGGUUCAGCACGCAGAGCAUCCUCUGACAUGCGCAAACCGAAACAGCCACUCUCACCGCCUGAAAGCUUCUCUCGCUCACAAAGUUAAAAGUGCAUGUGUUCACUAUUGCUGGUUUUAGUCACCAUGUUCACAUGAUGCAUUUCAGAGGAGGCUCUGGCUUCAGGGCAGCAGCAACCCCCCCCUUCCUCUCCAGAGGCAAAGCCACAUGCAGGGUUAUAUAACAGAGGAGUCAUAGCUUCUGACUGAGCCAGGAUGUCAACACACACGCCUCAGCUCUGGAGAGAGUCAAAUGCUGCACACACACUUGUACAGUCUCACACAAAAGACGCACUUGCAAAGUUUUAUAUAUGCACACACACUGAUACACAGGGUGUUAAUGGACUCAAGGUUUAAGGCACAUUGUGCUUUAUUUGAGUUAAUUCAGCCACAACUUGGCUCACUGCCCUUGUUUCAAUCUCUCCUCCAGACUGCCUGCCCUACAGAAGGGACAGUGCCUCCAAAUAAACAGAAUGCUCUCUCUGCUACUUGCAGAAUAUCAUUAACUAUAUUUUAAAGCCCCUUUUAUCUUAAAACCAGGAAUGCUUGUGAAGACACUCUAACCCUUCGCUGUAUGUCCCUUAACAGAUACAGUUCUGAAUGGCUCCAGAGAGACUCCAGUGUUAAGAUAUAAUGUUUUUUUUGUUCCUGUCUUGAUGACUCGCAUGUUUACAAAGAUGAUGUUUUCAGUUUCACAUUCUGUUUCUUUCAAACACUGCAUUUGCACAUAAGGCACAUCUCUCUGUUAUGAUCUGUUUAAAUCUCACUUUCACAUUACACUUUCACUGUGAGUCUCUGUAUGUGACACCAGAAUUACUUAUGAGUUGGUUUGUGGUCCAUCACUAAUGAGUCUUUUAAGUGAAUCGCAUCCUUUCCCAAAACGGAGGAUGAAAUGCCUUCAGUUUUCAGUGACGAAUGAUUUUCUUUUCACUCCACAUCUGACUUGAUGAUCAGUUGUUUUCCUCUCUGCAGUAGCUGUUUUUCCAACCAGUGUCUAUAAGCAUGUUAAUCUUGCGUAGGGUUUGUAGGGUUGCUCCAUUUUUUUUACAUCAUGACAUUGUGUUUUUAUAAAGCUUUUCUGUAACAAAUCUGGCCUGCUGAUCCAGUUACCUCCCUGGAAAUAAGAAACAUGUUUCAUUUUAUGUAUUGGCUGAUGUGAAGAUGUUGUGAGAUAGUUGCACUGUCCUGUUUAGAGCAGCCUUUGAGACUGAUGAAUCCUUGGGACGGUACAUUUUUUUUCAAUCUGAUUUCAGACUCAUGUCUUAUAUUAAAUGUCAUCUUGUAUACAGAGUCCUAUUUUUAAGGUUUUAUAUUAAUUUACUGAAUUGUACCUGUUUAUUUUACUGUAUAAUGUAUCAUGGUGUGCAGUGCUUUAUUUUUAUUUACAGUACAUGCACAUACAGUAUAGUAUCUUCAUGUAAGCUGUGAUACUGAAUGUGGCUGCGCAUUUUUUGGUUAAUUUCCACAUCCUCCCUGAAUAUGUCAGGAAUCAGUUCAAAGGAACUUGAAAGAUUUAUUGGAUAUCAUUUUAUUUUUGUUAUUUAAUUUAUUAACUAAGAAAUGUAUUUCUUUUUAUGAGAAUAAAGUUAUGAAACCAUA